AGGUUAUGGGCACGCUGCCCCUGGCACCGACGCGGGCAAGGCCUUCUGCAUGUUCUACGCCGUGCUGGGCAUCCCGCUGACGCUGGUCAUGUUCCAGAGCCUGGGCGAGCGGAUGAACACCUUUGUGCGCUACCUGCUGAAGCGCAUCAAGAAGUGUUGUGGGAUGCGCAACACGGAGGUGUCCAUGGAGAACAUGGUGACCGUGGGCUUCUUCUCCUGCAUGGGGACGCUGUGCAUCGGGGCGGCUGCUUUCUCCCAGUGCGAAGAGUGGAGCUUCUUCCACGCCUAUUACUACUGCUUCAUCACGUUGACUACCAUUGGGUUCGGGGACUAUGUGGCCCUGCAGACCAAGGGCGCCCUGCAGAAGAAGCCGCUCUAUGUGGCCUUUAGCUUUAUGUAUAUCCUGGUGGGGCUGACAGUCAUCGGGGCCUUCCUCAACCUGGUGGUCCUCAGGUUCUUGACCAUGAACAGCGAGGACGAGCGGCGGGACGCCGAGGAGAGGGCGUCGCUGGCCGGAAACCGCAACAGCAUGGUCAUCCACAUCCCCGAUGAGGCGCGGCAGGGCCGGCCCCGGUACAAGGCGGACAUGCCGGACCUGCAGUCUGUGUGCUCCUGCACCUGCUACCGCCCGCAGGAGUACGGAGGCCGCCCGGCCGCGCAGCAGAACUCCUUCAGCGCCAAGCUCGCCCCCCACUACUUCCACUCCAUCUCGUACAAGAUCGAGGAGAUCUCACCAAGCACAUUGAAAAACAGCCUCUUCCCCUCCCCCAUCAGCUCCAUUUCUCCUGGGUUACAUAGCUUUACCGACAACCACAGGCUGAUGAGGCGGCGGAAGUCCAUUUAGGGUGUGGGGCUGCCGGCGCAGGCAGAAACAGUCCUUUGUCCGAUUUGACCUUGAGUUCCACUGGCCCACCUCGUCUGUUCUUUCUUAUUAUUAGUAUCCUUUACCGUUGUCCUCAUUUUCUUUAUUACUUUUUCUCCUUCCUUUUUCCAUGGUUACCUCUUCCUCCCCGCCCUCAGCCUCCCCGGCGAGACAGAGCAGGCCAAAGGGAAAAGAAAGGCCCGUCCUCCUCUGAAACUCGCGUCUGAGCAUGAAGCAUGGAUUUCUUCCUUCCUUCCUUCCUUCCCAGCGAAGUAUGCCUUACAUUUCUCCGCAGCCUGCCCCAUCUCUGGGGUGGCUUUCCCAGGACAGGUGUGAGACCAAGACCACCAGGCAGAGCUGAGAGGAUACCCAACCCAAAGUUGCACACCAGGCUACCAGCCGGCGAGUGCCCACCCACGUGCUGUCUGACCUAACUCCUCUGUGUCCUCCUCCCCUGAUCGGUGGGUGGCUGUGUGUGUGUGUGUGCGCACGCACGUGUGCACAGACCGCGUGUGAAUGAGGGAGUGCACACGUCUGUGUGCUUCUCUGUGUGCGCACCGCGUGACAAAAACGGAAAGUAUCAGGUAUUCACAGUUUUCUUUUCCGUGACACAGUUCUGUUAAUAACCUGCUUUCAGCGGCUUCCAAACAAAAUGGGAAAACAAAACCCAUGAGGUUUUUGAUUUAUCAUUCUGCCAAAUCAAGCAUGUUCCAUAAGCGGUCUUUCUCCCAGACGUGUCAUGACCAUAUUUUUUAAAUGCUAGGUUCUAAAUUAUAUUAACUUCUUUUUAGGGGGCGGGUGGGAACGAAGACACGGAUCAUCUUAGCUUGCCAGUUCAAAAAUUUUUUAGAAGCAUGCACUUUGUGAAACUGGUAUGCAUUAUCAACGCAAGACAACAAAACUAGCAACGGAGCAGUCCAAAGCCAGUAAUAAUUUAUUCAAGGCAUUGCUAUCAUCUGCAGUUCCAACAAUUUACCAUGCAACUGGAAGUGUCAGGAGAAACUGGAAAAUUGUUGGAGCCACAGAAUACUUUGUUACUUCCCUCUUAUUUAUAGGAUGGAGGUGGCAGCGGCCAUGGUGGUGGCUUGUGCGGCAUCUACCUGCCUAAGUAAGAAUUACAGUUUGGGAUGCUUGGAUGAGAAUGGGUAUUAGGUGGAUGUGGUUUAUUUUCCUAAUAAAAAAAAUGACAGGGCAUUCCUUGUUUAAAAAACAUAUAUACAUGUAUGUCAAGAAAGACAGUCUCUAAUUGCAUUUGAUUUGUAAAUAAGGGCGAGUCUGUGUUGGUCUCAGGAAGCGUUUAGAGGCAAGGAGCCGUGUCUUGGCCUGCUGGGAACUUGUCAAUCUCAGGGGACAGUUUUCCUGAGUAGUGGAGAAAUUCCUCCCCAUCAUCCCUUUGGACGACCCAAAGGGAAGGCCUGUUAAUCUCCUGGGGGAGGGCUAGGCUAUAGAAUAGGGUACACUGGGGGCCUUUUCAAUGACAGGAAUAAAGAAAAAUCUGGAAUUUAAGUUCACAGAGGUGACUUUCACUUCCCUUGUCCCCUGCUGUUUCUGGAACUCACCCGUCUUCCCAUGCCUUUUUCAUAAACCAAACGUUCAGUGCUCUUGGAUAGAAACAGGCUUUGGCUUUGGCCCAGAAGGAGCAGUGGGAGCCCCCGUGGGAUCUCCCAGAAUGGAGGAUCUGCUUGCUCCCUAGAAAGAGACCUUCAAGAUUCCUGAAAGGAAAAGGCACCGAAUGUCACCAGUCCCAAGCAUUUGGGCCAUUGGACUGAAACGCAGGCGUCCAGACUCCUCUGAAGAGGCGGGCACUGUAGUGUCUGUGGGCCACAGGGCCUGUGGAAGGGGUCUGCGAACCGCGGUACUCAACCUUCAAGGUGGUCUUGAUUCACUCAUUUUUAAUAUAUAUAUAUUUUCAAUUUUAGGGCUCUAAAAUCUGUCCAGAGAAUAGAAUUUUUUUUUUCUUAGAAGAAAUUUUUCAUUUUUGGGAGGAGGGUCAUAGGUGUGAAAAUAUUAAUGCAUCUUUGUAGAGUGCCUCAUGCUUUGGAGGAGAAUGCUUGGAAUCAGUGUGGGGUUUCUCAUGAAAACCUUUGUAAGAUCUUUCCUCAAAUGGGGUGUAGGAUCAUCUUUGAUCUAUAAGGGAAACUGAGGGACGAGGGGGUGAGUGGUUUGCUCAGAGCUGGUCUUGGUCUAAGCCGACUCCUGCCACACGGUGGCAUCUUCAUUCAGCCCUCCGAUGAGGGCACCUGCUUCUCUCUGUCCACAGGUAGAUGCCUCAGACCCCUGGAGUCAGAGGAGCAUGGGCUCAGCCCUCCAUUCAGGGCUGAUUCCCUGAAUAAAGUAUCUGUUUAAAGUGGCCUUCAUCUGUUUAAAUGCUUCCAGUGACAGGGAGCUCCUCCUUUCCUGAGGAAAUUACGAAAACAUUCCAUACUCUAUAUUUCCACAGAGCUGACUGUUCUUUAUACAAUUAAGGAUUGUAGGAUGAAGUUUUUUCUGUUCAGUGAUGACCACAAACUCAAGUAUCGGAAGCAAUGUGGAAUCUGUCUUGCUUCCAUAUCCUUCUUAGUUCUUGGUCUUUGGCUAUUGCUCAGCCCUCUGAAGGGCAGUAAGAGAAUCUUCUCUUCCAAAGUUAAAUAUCCUUGUUCACGCUUGGAGUAUUCAGGGCACAGUGGGGAGUCUUGGUUUGCUUCCUUUGGGAGGUGCAUCUUUUUCUCAGAUGGCCUGGACUGGUCUCUGGCCAAGGAGUCCUCCAUGCACACCGGUGAGGUGCUUUCACGGGGACAGUGAGUCAAUGGCCUCCAGGGUCCUUCCCUCCUGAUAAAAUGGGGCUGGGGCAUCUCCACCCAGAGAGCUUGGCCGCCUGAGAUGGCUCAGUCAGCAGGAGAAUCUUCAAAAGCCAAGAGGGAGCUUAGCCUGAGUUGCCUCACUGAGGUCCCUCAUUUUCAGAGGAGGAAGCUGAGGCCCAGGAAGGGGAACCUGGCAGCUCAGAUCAGCCGGGCAGGCCCUUGGUCUUUGCAGGUGUUUCUCCUCCUGCUGUCUCCCUGGCUGUUUGUUCACUGCUGUUGCUUACACCCUCGAAGUUCCCUCCGCCUCUCAGGCCCAGUCUGUUUCUCCCUCCCACAAUGGGUGACUUCUUUCCUAAGUCUGGUUUCCCAGCCCUUUCUUCCAGGGAGCAGUGUCCACGAAGUGCGGGGGAGAAUUCACACGAGGUUGUUUGGAGACAGGUUUCAGCUUCAGUCGGGAUGAGCCAAGGAAGAGCCACGUUCCACCAGAAUCACAGGGUGCUGGCCGGCCACCCAGUUCUAGAGGUCAGGUCUAGAAGUCAACAUGCCUCAUAGGUCCUUAAAGAGCUUUCAGACUCUUGCUUGAAUGGUUUUCCAGCUGAGAGAUCUCAAUCCAUCCACUCCACCAAAGACAGGAGGAAGGUGGGCCGUGCCACAGGGCUGGGUGCUUUCUAGAGACCUUCCCGUUUUACUCUUCGCCACGCCCAUGCCGGACGGAAGGUGCUAUCACGCCACGGGACUGUUAGACUCUUAUUGCCUCAGAGUGGACCCACUGUCUGGGUUUGGAGAUGCCAGGUUAGUGCCAGAGCUGGGAUCAGGUCUCUUCUUUCCGUCCACAGCACUCUGUCUUGAAACCCAAGGAGCAGGCCCUUAAGCACGGUGGGCUGCCUGGUGCUCCCUGAGCAUCUGUUGUGCUCCUGCUGUGCAUCACUGAUGUGGAGGAGGUGCCCGCACUCGGGCAUGAUCACAGCAGGUCGUUUGCAGCCCAGAAAUCCCCGCUGGGAGAGGAAGCAGAUGGACCCAUCCUGCUGCCUGGGAGGCCCGCCUUUGCAGGUGCUCGAACCCCAUCUAUAAAAGGGGGAGAGUGACUGCAGAAUUUGGCUCACCGUUUCUUCUGUGUGUGUAGGGCCUUAAGUGGGGGAAUAUCUGGACAGUAACUCAGAAGCCCACAGAGAAAUCUAGGAGGUCACUUUUCUCUGCCUCACCUCGAUCUGAAAGCCCUGUGGAUCCUGAUACCUAGCCACAAUCACCAGAAGCUGGAGGGAACGGGUUAGAGGCAUUCAUGGUCUGUGCGCAUGAAGUUGGAGGGGGAGGUAGGAGAGCAAACAAUGAUCAGAGGAGAAAAACCACCCACCACUGAGGUCUGUGGCCCUAUUUCUUUCUGCAUUUUUUUAGAAUAAUUGGCCCUAAUUGAGAUACCAGUUACGGGCGUCCACAGAGGUGCAAAUCCUGAGGCCUGUGCAGGAAUGUGUCCAUUCUAGUAGCAGGAUAGAUACCAUCCCCUCAAGUGCCCUCAUGCGUGUGGCUUUGCUCCUGAAGGGGGGUCAGCCUGAGGGCCUGUCCUGUGCGGGCCUGCUUCACGCUGGCUGGGGCUCCGGCGUGGGUUUCUUCUAGAGUUAUAGCUUGUCUGGGACUCUGGAUACAUCCCAGGUGAGGAAGGGUUGGUAGGGCAGGGAGGGGCCCACACCUCCUGCUUCACUGGGCCCCCAGAAAUCAUUUCUCCUCCCUGGGCCUCUGUUGCUGUCGAACACCGCAGUGGGAUGGCAUGGAGUGGGUGGGAUUUAGGAGCACCUAGCACAAGAUGAAUUUGACCCAGGAAGACAUUUGGCCUCGGAUGUUCCAAUCAGUGGGCACAUUCGAAGGUUGGGACACCAAAAAGAAUACCAGAGGCCGUUUCGUUCAGCAGGGUGCUGCAGAGAUGGUGCCACUGCUUGUCCCCUCUCCAAGAAGAGAGCGUCAUCGCACGAACCAGGCCCCAUGCAUUCCAGGUUCCCCAAAACCCUGGGCAUAAAUCCACUUUACGUGGCUGGCUCUUGACUACACCUUGGGAGACAUUGCUGUUUCGGGCGGGGGGUGGGGGGGGGCCUUCUAUUUCCGCGUGAUUCUCCGCCACCAACUUUGGAAAAUUCCAGAUCAAAGAGCUGAAAGACGAGUAUGAUGAACUUCGUAUACCUAUCACCCAAAGUCACCAGCCUGCAGUGCUUUGUCACAUUUGCUUGACCCUCUCCCACCCCCACCCCGAUGUAUUUAGAGGAUGAAGUGGGGUCUGCAACUUUUGGGUGGUUCAUCCAAAGACAAAAUGGUCUCCUGGGAACAAGAGCAUUCUCCUAGAGAACAGUGCCGCUCACCCCCUAGGAAAUUUAGCAUUCGUGCAAUAUUUUUACCUAAAAUACAGCCCACAUCCACAUUUUCCCAACUGUCCCCAAAACGUCCUCCAGAGCUUUCUUGUGAAUCUGAGAGACAAGGUCACAUCUCACACUGCCUGUCUGGUUGCCCCAGAUUGCUCCAAUCUAGGACAUUCUUCCUCCCCAUUUUUGUCUUCCAUGAUGUUGCCAUUUUGAGGAGUCCAGGCCUGUCUUGGGGGGAUGCCCCGCGACCUACUUCUGUCUGCUGGUUUCCUUGUUUAGGGGAUUGUAGGGAAGACGACAGCACAGCAGUGUUGUGUAGCCACGAUGAAUGCAUUUGAUAUGUUUGGCUCUCUCGAGAGUUCUGUGAUUACCUCUCUCAUUGUAGAUAAACAAGUCACACUAAAUGUUGCUCUCCUCUGUUGGAGAAACUAGUGGAAGCUUCUAGAGAGGUGUCCAUGAGUCCCUGGAUGCUGGGUCUCAUUGCCCAAGCCGAACAUCACUCGGCUAUUUCUGACUCCUGACGUGGAUCUCUCUGCCGUUUGAGCGCCAGCAAUCUUUACCCUAAACACCUGUGGGGGGCGGGGGUCCAGCUAUAAAUAGACAUAAAGCACAGAGAUGGGCUUUCAUCGAUUACAGAGCUGGCUAGCUGGUAUAACCCAGUAGGAUUGUUGUAAGGAUCCCUGUGAGCUAGCUGGGGCGCUCUGGCACCCGGUAGCUACUCAAGCGAGUAGUAACGAUCGCGGAGCCUGUCCUACCAUUAAUGAUCAUAAAGCUGUAACUGGCUGUUGUAGCGCUCUUGGCCAUUCAGGGCUGUAAUUGGGACCUCUGUCUUUGAGAUAUUUGCAUUGGCAAGUUCUAUAGCAUGGAUUUUUCAGCGCUGAUAACAUAAAGCAGUCCACCUGCUGUAGCUGAGUAACCUUUCAUUUUGAUCAAGAAAAUACUCCCCUGCAGAUUCUCUGAGCCUUUGCCCAUGCUGUUCCUGCUCCCCGGAAAGGCUCCCUGCUGCUCUCCAGCGUGGAGGUGGAGAGGCGUGCCUCUCACUCAUCCUUCAAAGGCCCCUGAUGGACUCAGCGAUGCCCUCCUGUGGGCUCCCUAGUUCUUUCUGUCACGCAAGAACAUCCUGGGAAGCCAACUCUGACGGGCCUGGCCUCGAGAGCUGUAAGUGCUGAGCCGUGCCCACAGAGGGGAGUAAAGACCAUCAGAUUUCUCGCCGCUUGCCUAAGUGGCCGUUUCAGCCCCGUUAUCAAGGCACAUCUUCACUUCAAAUGCAGGCAGUGGCUCCCUCCCUGGAAAUCGAUGCCCAGCCACAUGCUCAAAAUCCACCACCCGCCAUCGGCCAUUCAGUGGCACCUGCCCGCCAGAGUGGAGUAUGCCACGUGCCAUCGGCCGCGAGCUGCCCACAGCUCGCCGUUUCCUGUGAAGUGGGUGAUUGGAGCACCUUCAGUCCCCAGAAGCACACUUGUGACACUCCACCCUGCAGCAGGGAGGGGGCCCCGUGCUGGGACGGUCUCCAGGAGCUGGUCGGUGCCGCGUUCACGCCGAAGUUCCACUGGUAGAAGCUGAGCAGCGCGGACACGCGCGGCGAGUGGCAGGAAGCCUAGGCGCCACGCCGGGAACAGAGGCCCGUGCAGACGCUUCCCGCCUCCGGGCAGUGCGUGGGGCGGACGCCGCGCAGGCUGGGGCACCUCACACAGCCAAGACUGGCUUCUGGCACUCACAGAUGGGCGGUUUUGCCCCUUUGAGCCUCAGUUUCCCUCCCUUUAAGUUGGAGGUGAGAAAUAAACCCUGCACAGAGCGGCUGUGGGAACUGCAGGAGUGACUUUGGCUGGGCACCUGGUCCGUGCUGAGCGCCACGCUGGGGUUCUCACUCAGGCCCGUUCUUGGGCUCCUAUGGGUUACUCCCGGCAUUGGACUUGAAAUGGAAAGGCAGUGAAGGAGUCUGGUCGAGGAACUCAGGUAGGGCUUCAUGGAGGAAAUAGCUUUUGGAAAUCUCUGAGGGGAGCCUUGAAGGAGCAAGUAGGUGCUGAUUUAGGCAGAGGCAGAGGCAGAGCCUGGCCAAGGCACCGAGUGUGGACGUGCCGGGAGCACAGAUUACACCCAGCGUGACUGUCCAGGCCCUUCACAAGCUGGUCACAUCCUAAGUCGUUUGAGCCAUUCUCAUGCUCAAGAACCUUCCCUGGCUCCCCCGUGCCCACACGGUAAGCUUAUUUCAAGGCCCUUCUUUCUCACACCUUGCUUCUGUGGAGGAUCUGUCCAUCCUAAUGUCCCUACUGGGGCCUCCUCUUGUGACAGAGCUCCAAAGGUAGAGCCUGGAGUCUCUCCAGACUCGAAUCCUAUGGAGUCCUAUUGUUUGGGUGGAGUUGAGUGUUGCGUUUUGUUUUUCUGAGUCUUCUGGACGUUUGCUAUAGUUUACAUGGGGGAAUUUUUCUGGAUAAGGUCUGCUUGGUCUUUCACUUGAGCCUCCGGAGGACUCGUCCUGACAAAGCCGAACAGCUACCGAAGAUUAGCAUGGAACUAACAAAAGAAAAAUGUCUGAUUGUUGGGCUCACUUGGCGAGAGGAUUUGCCACUUCCUGAUCAACUCUACGAACAAUGGAUUUUGGGACUGCCUGUGACCAGGGCCUCAGGGACUGAACUAAGGCCUCAUGGGAGUUUUGAGAUGCUGGUCUGGGCCCCUGCUCUUAGUCAACGUUUUCCCCCCCCGGAGUUGGAGCGUCAUGUGGCUGUGGUGCUGAGGGCAGGGUCCUUCAGUAAGGGUGUGAGCCAAAGAGCCAGGGGUGUCUGUCUUGGGGAGCACUGGAGGCUCAGAUCUGUUCUUCUUUCUUCCCACUGGUGUGUCCAGGGUAUGGCCGAGGUCAAGGAGUGGCAUCCUGUAUGGAGCUCCCCCCUCCCUCCCCCCGGCAAUGCAGUGUGGACUUUGAUUUUGAGAUCAGGCCCCUGGGUAAUGGAGGCUGAAGAAGCACUUGCUGGGUGGAAAGGAAGUCUAGCUUAGAAAAGGUGAGCUGAACCAGGAUUCAACACUUGCCUUUGUGAUUUGCUGUGUGACCCAGGGCAAGUCACUUCACUUCUCUGGGCCUGAGUUUCUUCUUUUCUAGACUAAGGGGUUUGGCCAAGGUUCUAAGUUUCCCACCCUCCGCACCCCCGCCCCAUGUCUGCCUCAUUGUCUCUGCCACCAACUCCAGCCUUGGGGUGGACUGGCUGGGCUGACAUCAGCCAGCGUCUGGAAGUAUUUACCCAAACACCUUCUGUUACAGGUGACGCUCUCCCAGUUAGAUUGUUUCACUGGCACAUGGAUCCUUAAUUAACCAAUAGCUUCUUACAGUGUCUUUGCUUAGUUUCCUUGACUGUGCAAGGCUCCCUGGUUGCACAAGGUGCGUGUUCUAACGAGAGCGAGUCUGAGCCCAGGGGAAUCUGGGACUCUAUCUGCAGCACUCAUCCACACUUAUAAGAAGAGGGGGAUGGGCCCCCAGGAUUUGCCUUCCCACUAAUCCUGAAACCCCAGUCCUGCCCCUCUGUCUACCUCUGCUCUUCACCUGCUGCAUGCUCGGCUUGUCCUUACGUCAGGGUUCUCUUUGCUUCCUGGGAGGAUGCGUCGUCCACCUGCAGAAGUCACUGGCUCAGCACGGGGCCUCGUGCCAGGCCCCAUCUGACUCGGGUCAACGGUCUUUGCUUGGCUGGGACUGAGCCCCGAUGGAUCUGGGGCCUGAGUGCAGAGCGGCACUGACUUCUGCUGCUCGUGCACACUCCUGCUGGGUGGGGGCGGGGCUCCCAGGCUCAGAGAGGGCACAUUGAUGGAAGGGCAUCCAGGGCCCUGACUGCACACUUCUGGCCCUUCUUCCCCAAGCUCUGUGCUCAGGCUCACAGGGAGGGGUGGGUCCCCCUGCUUGCCAUAAGAAAGGGACACGGGACUGCCCUCAGGAGGAGGCAGAGGGGGUCACUUCCAGAACGGGGAGGCUCCAUGAUGGGGGAGGCAGCAUUUCACCUGGGCAGGCAUGGGACAGGAGAAAGUUCCAGACCCCCAGGAAGAGUAUUUGCUGAAACUCCCUGUUCCUUCACGUUGUUCAAAAGCCCAGCUCGUUGCCAGUCACCAGGGAGGAAAGCCUGAGAGGAGAGCCGAGCUCAGACCAAGCCUUUGAUUGAUCUUACCAGUCGUGCAGAACUGUGGCCUCAGGAGUCUAUUCUUAGUAGCAAUGGCCCCAGAGGGCAGACCCCAGGCUAGCAUUGUGAGUUCUCUGCUACAGAGGGUGGGCUGGUGGACCCAGGCAGGAGGCAGUAUGAAUCACAAUGUGAGUCCAAGGUGCAGGCCUCCCAGAAUGGCCACGGGGUCCCCAGCACAAGGCAGAGGGUCCAGCCGUGGGGGACGGAAGAACUCUGGUUGAGCCCCCUCCAUAGUCUGCUCUGUGUCACCUGGGGAGGUCACCCUGUCAGGGAGGUAGACCUGAAAAUGGUUUGGAGGAGGUCAUCCUGGUGGACAUACCCCUUCUCUCUGGGCCUUUGUUUCCCCAUCUGUGAAGGAAGGAUCUGGAAAGGUGGGAUUAUUCCAGAAGGACUGGAGCUAGAAAACCUGGUCUUGUAGAUGUGGCCUAGGUUCUGGCUGAAGCUCCAUGGGACACACGGGCAUGGCCUUCCUGUCACUUGUGCCUUCUUGCCUGGUGACCAUGGGUUCCAGCAUGGGAGGAAUUAGGGCGGGAGGAAGGAGAGGAAGACAUGCCCAAGGGUGAGGUAACUCUACUUGGGGAAGCUUCUAUUCAUGUUUCCCCAUCACUUCCGGACCCCGACGGUGGCCUCUCCAGAGGUCCCAGGUUCAGGUUCGUGGAAGCGUCAAGCCUCCAGAGAGCAGGUCUUGGUUUUGUGAAGUUGAGCCAUCGGCCUUGGUCAAUAAAAACAAAGCUUCAGCUUCGCCUCUUCUAGCUCCUCAGCUCUGGGGGGCUGGCGGCCUCAGGGGCCGUUGUCAGCACCUGGCCCUGGGUCCCUGCCUUCCCCCUUUGGAAUUGGGCCACGUGGCCUUGGGCAAGUCACCUCUUACUCUCUUCUGUGAAGGAUGAAAUGGCCAGGUGAGAAGCAGGUAUCCCCCAGAGAGGUGCAGGGGGAGAUGAAGGUGAUGUGUGGGGCUCUUGGCUGACGUUUCGGUGGGGGACGGGUUUGCAGGAAGGGCAGGGCCAGGUGCUCCCAACGGAGGGUCCCUGACCUGGGUCAUCUCCUCUCUCCUAGGGACAGCACAUUUCCCAGGUACGGCUCUGUAGACCUCCUCACCCCGAUGAAUUCUGUCUCUACCCACUUCCUCCAACCCUUCUGUUGAUGCAUUCUUCUUGGCGGCCCCACCUCUCCGUUCCCAAUGGACCAGAUGCUUGGUGAUGAUGUGGCUGGGAGGUCUUCCGGGGACCCAAGGCCCACCAUCCCCCCCGCCCCAGAAAAACCUUGUGGAAAGUCUUGCCUUUCCUUAACCUGAGAGGACAGAGCAGCUCCUAGGUGUGAGCUGCAGCCGUGGGGGGCCUGGUGGCUCCUUGGGGCCCCCCUGUGUGGUGUGAUCUGCUAUUUACAGAGCAUGUGGGGCAUCUGCCAGGAGCCAACCUUAGCCAGAGGCCGUGUGGGGAGCACGACCAUCAAGGUCUCCAGCCUCAGAAGGCUAACCUCCAAUGCACCACGUGCCUCCAAGAUGCCCGAGGUCUAUAAACUGAGUCAGGGGAGCAGGUAUGGGAAUCAGAACAUGCCUCAGCAAUCACUACAGCUUCUUGAGCUGAAUUUUAGGAUUUGGGUAGAAAAAUAAAAAUCCAAUGCAAGGGAAAACAUAUUGGGAACCCAGUGAAGCAGAACCCACAAUUGCCAAGAUUUCUCUAUAAUUUGAUGGCUCCUCAGAGAAUAACACACUCCUGAAAAAGGCUAAUUAUAUAUUUGUUUACUCAGGCUACAAAUAGCAUUUUGACGGCCAUUUGGGGCUGGAAGGGACCUCCAGAGAUCAUCUCGGUCCACCCUCCGCUUUAUCAGAAAUCUCCGUGGAAUAUAGAUAAUGCACUGGAUUAGGGGAAAGUGUUGGUACCGAGGGAACUUUGAGGGAAACCGGCUUACCCUGACCGGAAGGGUUGAGGCCAUCUCCUGUGCCCAUGAAUGUCGAUCGGGUGUGGGGCGGGGGGGGUUGCCGCUAAACAGACACAGGCAGAGACUUCAGGGAGGAGGAGUAGGUUUUAAACCACUGAUCUGGUUAACAAGGAGGAAGAAUUUCUAGUCUGUUCCCAGCAGGCCAAGAAAUUGCAGAUGCUCCCUCUAAGUUGUACAAUUUUUAAUGUCAGCCAACUGUGUGUCCUUGUACCUCAAAACUUUAACAAGAAAAAAAGCAUCAUUUGUGACCCAACGCAUAGAAUAGUUAUUCAAUUAGUCCCACGCUCACAUGCAUUGAAAUGAUGGGCAUAUACAUACAAGGGGUGCUCUCUGGGGGGGGUGGGGCACAGAGAUGUGGAUCCUCAUGUAUUCAUUUGGGGUGCGUGUGUGUGUGUGUGUGUGUGCUGACUGGCUAUCUGGAUUAUUUUGGGGGGGCAUAGUUGGACAUUUUCAUGUCUGCAUGGUAAGAGGACAUGGGUCUGGUUCUGAUGGUGUGGAUGUGGCCGGAGGCCACACUGAGGGUGAAUGGGAAGGUCAGUCCCGAGCCCCUAAGCCGGGACCUUCCUUCCCAUCCUGGUGGGUGUUUGGGAUUGGACCCCGUCUCCCUGCAGUCCAGGCAUCGGACCUGUGGUGGGAAGUCAUACCAGAUUCAGCAAAACCAGUGAUUCCAACCGGACCACAGUGUACCAAAUUCAAAGCAGCCUACUGUUUUCCUUUUCUUGUGUUUCCCUUUUGUUGAUCUUCUCCGGCCCUCUCCGCCUGUGGGGAGGGCGCCUUCACAAAUGGCCUUAGCAUGCCGUUCUGAAGUUUAACAGAAUGAGACAACCAUCAGACGAAAUCAGAGGUAUUUAUUAUCACAGCUUACCUGAAGAAUGACAAACAAAACUGUAUCACCAAUGUUUACAAGUCCAAGUAGACAUCCAGCCCGUGUAAAAUAUGUAAUUUAUGCAAGGGAUUGCAUCUUUCUUUUGUAACGAAUGCACUAAAGCAACCCUGUAUAUAUUUUACAAUGUCUUUACAGAAAAAAAAAAGAAUCAUUUACUGUAGUGUUGUAAAAUAAUGCACUUUUCUAAUUUUUUCAUUAAAAUCUCUAUGGCACGUUU